CGUCCUGGGUCCCAAGGAUGUCUUCAGAAGGAUGAGCUGACACAAAGCGAAAAUGGUAUUUGCAACAGCAAGAUCACGACUCAGUUUAGGACUAUUGUUUCUAGAGCGCAGCAUAUCAUUGCGUACUAUUAGAGUAUGUCUAUCUAGAAACUAUCUUAAUUUCACUCAAAAUGGUGUUUUGUUUGAGAAGACGCAAUCGACAAAUCGAACGUUGAACAACAGCUGUUGUUCUAUGUUACAAUUAUGCACGAAUUCCUUUCAAAAUGACAAGAGACAUAACUGCGUAUCUACUACGCGUCUUUUCCAUUCUUCAAAUCCUUCACGUCAUAGAAGUCAAAGCGUGCAGCAGCGCCCUCCGAUCACCGCAGCAGAAUUUGUAGACUCUUCUCCAAAAGCCAUUCAACCGUACUUGAAACUUGCGAGAAUUGACAGACCAAUUGGUACCUGGCUGCUAUAUUUGCCGUGUACAUGGAGUAUAGCUAUGGCUGCACCGCCUGGGGUAUUCCCGGAUAUGAAAAUGAUGGCAUUGUUUGGUUUAGGUGCAGUGAUUAUGCGUGGUGCAGGGUGUACUAUUAAUGAUAUGUGGGACUGCAAGUAUGACAAGAAGGUAACAAGAACUUUGUGCAGGCCUUUGCCAUCAGGUGAAGUAAGCCAUUUGCAGGCCCUGGGUUUCCUUGCUGUCCAACUCAGUGCUGGUCUUGCUGUUCUCCUCUCACUCAACACUUACAGUAUUCUUCUUGGCGUGGCAUCGCUUGGUCCAGUGAUUGUUUAUCCACUGAUGAAGAGGAUCACAUACUGGCCUCAUAUCUUUUUAGGGAUAACAUUGAAUUGGGGUGCCAUGCUGGGCUGGUCGGCUAUUCAGGGCUCGUGUGAUUGGUCAGUCUGUCUACCUCUCUACCUGGCAUGUGUACCAUGGACUAUAAUAUAUGAUACCAUUUAUUCACAUCAGGAUAAAAGUGAUGAUCUUGCUGUUGGCGUCAAAUCAGCAGCUUUGUUGCUAGGUGACCAGGUCAAAUACUGGUUGUCAGCAUUUGGUGCUAUUAUGAUGACUAACAUGACUAUAGCUGGGAUGGCAUGUGAUCAGACCUGGCCGUACUACACCAGCCUCGCCCUUGCAGCGGCCCACCUAACCUGGCAGAUCAAGACAGUUGAUCUGUCAAAUGAUGAAGACUGCUUUGAGAAGUUCAAGUCAAAUAAGUGGCUGGGUCUCCUAAUAUUGACUGGAAUUAUUGGAGGGGGGCUACUAAAAGAGAAGAAACAGGAUCACCAUCCAAGUACAGAAGUACUUAAAAAAAGUAAAACUUAAAAUGAAAUGUUAGGUCAUUCAGACCGCAGUAGCAGAUCUAGGGGGUAGGGUUUAGGGGGUUUAAACCCCCCUUUGAGCUGCCAGAACGCCAUAUAUAACUUAAAAAUUACCCCCUCCCCCCUUUGUCACUGAGCCAAACCCCCCUUUAGCGAAAAGCUAGAUCUCCCCUGGACACUUAGAUAAUGGUAUCACAGGUAGCCCAGGCUCAUUACUUUUGAUUAUUUACUAGAGAUAUGGUGACUUUUGAGCAUAUGAUUUUUUGUCUAAAAUCUUAAUUGGGUUUUAUCUUAGUAGGAUUUAACUAGCCUUUUACCAGCAAAAAUAUCAUACCCUCAAAAGUUACCAUAUAUUCUCUAGUAAAUCGUCAAAAGUUGAGCCUUGGGUACCUGUAAAUGUUAUGUGGUUGCAUGAAAGAUAGAAGAUAGAUACCCUGCAUUGCCUUCUGCAUGGAGAGAAUUUUCUCAAUGACCUGUUGGAGUAUUGGGGGGAGGGGUAUAUUUCUUUUCGAAAAUAAUUACACAAUCAAUCUAGGAUGCUCUACACAUUUGAACUUGACAUGUUGGAUUUCUACUUCCUAUUGUGCUAAACAGAGCACUUUCCUUCAUUUAGAAAUGUAUUUCUUAUUUCUCUAAUUUAUUGCUUUUUGUGUACAGAAGUGGCAAGUCAUAAAUAAUUAUACUCUAGCUCUCAGAGAGCUCUAAAUAUAUGAUUUUUUGUAAUAACAGAUAGAUAAGUGAGUUCAAAUGCAUGUCUGACAGCAUCCUAUCCUCUACACUAUUCAUUCACACCAAGAUUAUAUUUAGAAAAUAGGUAGAGCCAAUCACUAUUGAGGAUAUGCAUAUUAUUUUAAUUUUGUUAGUUUAACAUGAUAGGCUCGCCUUAUUUUUUCAAACUGUUUGUAAUUCUGUUUACAUGACAACAACAAAAAGAGGUGUCGCCCAGGUGGUCUUCCUGUGUUGUUACUGUUUCAACUCACAUGUAGCUUUAUUCUAACGGCUUAUCUAGUCAAGAAAAUGUACUGUAAA